UUGUUGCACGCGGUGAGAAAAUGUCCAAAGGAGUUGACAUGCUACAUUCCUCUCAGACCCCUUAUGUCUUGGGAAGGUUUGACAUGCUAUAAUCUGAAAUCCCGUUUUGUGUCUGUUAGAGCAAACCCAACCCCCACACUGUUCGCAUCGUGCAGUCAGGCAGAACUGGACUGGACUCUGUCAUGUCUAUCUUUGUGAUACUGGGACUGCUGGUCUGCAUAGAGGCACAAGAGCCCAGUGCUGUGACUCCUGUGUUUGUGAAGAAGGGAGAGGAUGUGCUUCUGAAUGUCACCACAGCUGAUGUUUCUACAGAUGAUUCUGUUUUCUGGAGAUUCAAUAAAACAGUUAAUUUAGUACGAUUUCUACCUGGUAGAGGACCAAAAGUCUCUGAUGAUUACUCUGAAAGGAUUGAGUUGCUUGAGAACUACUCUGUGAAAUUGAAGAAUCUACAAGAGGCAGACAGUGGAGUUUAUACUUUAAUAGUGUCUGGGGAUAAAGAUAAACAAAUAACUGGAUACAAGAUCACAGUUCAAGAUCCAGUGUCUCCAGUUAAACUGUCAGUGGACUCUGUGUCUAACAGCUCAGACUGGUGUAACCUGGCAGUGAGCUGCAGAGCAAAGGACUCUCACAUUAACAGCACCUUUAGAUGUGACACCCACACCAACACCUGCAGUCAGGAGGGAGGAGAGAGACAACUGGUCCCACCAUCUGGUGCUGCUCUCCAUGUCUACCUGUCCAAUUUUUCCAUCAUCUGUAACCAUAGCAACCAGGUCAGCUGGACAAAGGACAUGAAACCAAUUAAAAACGUCUGCCCUCGACAUACUGGUCCAGAGAGUGUCUCUGCUGGUGUCUCUGUGUGCCUGCUGAAGACAGCCGUGUUGUCUGUCGGUCUGAUCAUCACAUGGGUGCAAACAAUGUAAGAUUUAAAAAGUAUUUGUAUAAAAUCUGGGGAAAAUGUAUUUCAACUCGUUUGUAAAUCUUAAAUUAUACUUUAAAUGCAAUUUUGCAGGUAUAACUUCAUAUAAAUAUUGUUUCUUUCCAAGAAAACUCCACAGGGCACCUUUUACACAAAUGCUGAUGAUUCUAAAUUAUCCAUUGAUUAUACCCAAUAACCACUGUGCUCAGUUUGUAAAUCAAAUUAUUUUACAGAGAUGUUCCAAAAUACUUUACAAGCAUGUAAUCUCCUUUACAAAAAACUAUAUUUAUAUGUAUAUGAUAAAGAGCAAAGACACAAUAACUAGCCUUGAUGUAAUCCUGAAUGUUAUUAACAAUGUUCUAACCAUAUAUAUGUGUAUGUUUAUGUGUACAGGAUGUUAUUAUAUUUGUUCAUCUUUGGGUAAAUGCAGUAUCUGAGAUUCAUUAAAACUAUACUCAUCUUAUA